AUGGGGGAUCGUAGCUUGCUAAACAACGAUGCACGUUCUUCUAAUAUCCUGGUAAAAGAUUCAGCUAUCUCAAAAGAUGUUAUUACACUUCAAGUGCCUCAACAAUUGUACACUGGUAAUAACUCUCGUACAUUACCUGCAUUACCUGAUCCCACGUAUAAAGAAGGACGAUUGAUGCAGGCUCCCUCAUAUUUAUUAGGAAAGCCCCUCUAUGAUUUCGACGCAACGGGAAACGUGGUAAAUAUAACCAACUUAAUUUUAGUUUAGUCAGAAAACUGUACUUCUAGCUAAUGGUCUAAUACUACUAGGUAUGAGUAACUUUUUCGCUGCUAGUUUACUGUAAUUUUCUUACUAUAUCAUGGAAGGAAAUAUAUUUUUUUAUUGGACAACCCACUAUUUUAUGGAAGGAGUUUGCGCAUUAAUAAUAGUUUUACAAUACAUUCACUUAAAUAACAUGGUAAACUGUUGGAAUCGAUGUAGUGAUAAGUUUCGCGAUUUAGAGAUGAGUGUUAAAGAAAAGCUUAUCCAUCAAUUUUGCAAAAAAAAUUGUCAUUUGAUAUGAUAAGGUAUUAUUUUUCUCAAGUUAUAUUUGACUGAUCUUGGCAACCAAGAUUAAUUUGAUUCAAAAACAUACUCAUUAAUAGACCAAUCUAUAGUAAAUUAUUAAUGACUCGGAUCGAUAAACAAUAAGCUUAAUCAUACUCAUAACGAGAAUAAAACCAAAACCAAGUAGAUUUUUAUGUUUGACCCUUGAAUGAAACAAUUAAGGAUCUCGUUGCUAGGUUACUUGGUUACCACACUAGUGUAUUUUGACUUCCGGGUCUAGUAUUUCGAGCGUUUUUACCGGACUGUCGGCUGCACGGAAAAAAUCGACCGUACGUGGCUAGGAGUUCAAGGCAUAUCCGCUGGGCGCGAUCCAUUCAACCAAAAUUCAGACCGGUCUGACCGGGAAAAGAGGACCACCUCAAACGGUGGACCAGUUUUUCCGGAACUUUUCCGGUUGGAACGAACCGAUUCAUUGAGUUUUGGACCGAAAUUUCCGGAAAUUUUGGUUGAUGGAUCGUGCGCACUGUGUUUAACUUGGUAUUGGACAUGCAUGUUAUGGUCAAUUGACAGCUGUCAAAAAAGGUAUCCGCUUUGAUCACGGGCUCAGGUCCAUUUUUUAAGGGUAGGCAUUCAGUUUGCCCUCUCCUUGCGGCAAAAGUUGAAUUACUUGGGAAAGAAACUUCUAAAAGAUCACUCGAGGGCUUCGCUAUUGGCCUUGGCUAAAUCUAUGUAUAAUUUUAUAGUCACCAGCUAAACCAUCCAAUGACACAUUUUUGGUUCUAAGCCGGCGCUCCACUUAUGACCAAGCCCACAGAUUCAACAUGUCCAAAUCCUUGUUUCUGUUUGAGCCUCUACAUCCGCUCAGGUUAUUUGCUAUCAAGAUAGUAACUCAUCAGUAUCCUUUGGCAGGUUAUUAUACAACUUAAGUCAGAAAAGAUAUAGUAAAUGUUAAUGGCAAGCAACUGCGUACAAAGGGUAAUCCCUGCGCACUAUCACAGGGCCAGUAGCCCGGUGUGUGUGUGUGUGUGUGGGGGGGGUACUUGGGUUGAUCUUUGGUGGGUAUGUGCAGCUGGCCUCUCAGAGCCCCUACCCCAUUAUAGUCUAUUCUGUGGCCAAUUAUAUACCCCAUCUUAGUCCCCUUUGGGCAAAUGUGUAAUUUUCGCGAUCCCAAGUGGGUCACUUUCUAUUUUUAUGAAUUGACCCAUUUUAGACUGAAUGAAGAACACUUUGCUUUUCAUCUGUAGUACAAACAUUCUCGUAUGUUUGCUAUCCGUAAAUAUGAAGAACUGUCUAACCCAAAAAACGCGAAAAUGUGCGAUACCAUUCUAGUAACUCUAUUGAAAAUGUGACCCCAUUAUAGUCAAUCCAGUCGUGAAAAUGAGACCCCAUCCAGCGGCACAUCCCAAUUAGCAUCUUAUAAGGAAGUAACCCCCUGGAGCUAGUAGUCUAAUGGCUACUGAAAGAUGACUAUUGGCUAUAGACAAAUGUGAUAGUUAUUCAUACACAAAAAGAUUGAUUGUUAAUUCUUAAAGAAGGGGCCUUGGAGAUCUAGUUGACAGUCAGUGAGAAAAUUGUUGCAAAAUAACUGUCUCCAGCGUCCACAAAGAGACUGUCUUAACACAAUAAAUAACAAGAAUAAUCACUUUAGGCUAUUGCAAUAUAUAUUGAGCACUAAGUAGUGCGAGAAUUUAAAAAGGAAUUGUUGCUCAAAUCAGUAUAAUAUGGCACUUCGCUAGGGUAGCUGCUUAGUGAGAGUGCAACAAGCUUGGCAAUGAAAGAAAUAUCUUGAGUUGCGUUUACGGCAAACACCAGUUAAAUGUCCAUCUUGACUGUACUAAGUGACCGAGUUUUCUUUUUGCUUGUUGCUUACUCAGUUAUAUAUCAUGAUCAUGUUACUUUAUCCAUAAGAAAAAUUACUCCCGCUCUUCUACCUGUCCAUUUCCUAAUUUGAGAAACUGUUAAAGUGUAACGUGAAUCGGGCGUAAACGUGAUUCUUAAUCUAAGUUGUGAUGUAUUCCUGUAGCGGGAAACCAUUUAGACAGCCGGUAUGUUUAGCUAAAUCCUUAACUCAUUUGCAACAGAUAUUUUGAAUUUUUUGUCAUUUUUAUCAUUUUGAUAAAUUGCAUCUGUCUCGCGUUGAAUCAUCCGCCAGAAGAAGCCGAGUAAGUACACCUCACCUACCUUAAUAUAUCCGUAUAUUGAUGAGUCCGUUUGGAAAGAAGCAGAGUUUGUUUGACCUGCAAGGACCCUUGACACUCGUGUCAUGAAACCGUAACCUAUCUCGACCAGGUCGAUUACUGCCUCUCACCGGAGGGAUCAUGUUGCCUCAUCACCACAGUGAGUCACAUCGGGUAUACGCCCCUUCUCUCCCGAGUUUCCAUGCGUUUUAUUUUCGCGCCGUUGCGCUUUCUCAAUUCAGCGGACCCGUACCCGACUAUCUCGGAGCCUGGAAAAGGCCAAAUCGGGUACAUCCAUCACCGUGUGGUGAAAUGUCUUCAACUUUUGUUGGCGAUUUAACGCAAAUUGUAAUCCUAAGUUUCGCUUCAAAAGACAGCACCAUAAAUUUGAAGAGACCAGUAGAAAGGGACGAAAUAAGCACGUUAAUUUAAAUCAUCCGGCCGGACUCUACAGUUUUACGUUGGUGGAGAUACCCAGCUACGGUGAACUAGCAGUUACACCUAGAUGGUUAAACCUCAUUACAUAGUCGCAGGAUCCAAGAUAAUAUGAAAUCAAAUCAGGGCUAUUGUAGGUUCGAGCGGAUGGAUGAUAAUUGAGCCUAAGCUUGCUAAAAGGAUUUUUUUAACUGAUCGCUUUACUUGCUUCCUCUACUACGAACCUAACUCCUAGGCGCUUUAAAACGCACUGUAAGGAUAUCUCAGACUAUCUUUGCCAAAUGAUUUUUUUUUAGAGGAACGAAAACUCGAGCUGUAUUGAUGAGAGGGAGUGGGGAGGGAGGAGGGGCGCAGUAAGACCUUUGAGAUCCUCCCAACUUUGUAUGCUAAAGAUUCUUACGUCAAUUUUUUUCAGAUACAUAUUUGCUUUUAUUUACACAUCUGAAAUGUUUCUUAAAAUCAUCGCCAGAGGAUUUGUUCUCAAUUCGUACACGUACCUUAGGAAUCCCUGGAAUUGGUUGGACUUCACUGUGGUUAUAAUGGGGUAUGUACUUUUCUUCAUUUCCACUCAACAGUAUCCACUGAUGUUUUGACGACAUAUGCUUCACCAUGUCCCUUUUAAGAAACAUGUUGUAGGAUAUAGUUGCUGGAGCGUAGCUAGAAAUUUUACAGGUUUCACACAUACAGUUUUCCAAACAGUAAUCUGCCAGAUUGUUUUUGCGUGAGGUGUGGACUUCAUAGCAUUUACGUUUUUGUCUGUGUAAAUACAGGCAGCUUACAUAAGUGAAUGUACAGCUUUUCACCUAUCGUACGUUUUACAGGUAGCUACAUCCCUGAACUGACUAACAAAUAUGUUGCAAAAUAAAAAUAAACCUCAGAAUUUAUUAACAGUCUAGGUUACUAAGCAGCCUUUAGCUUAUAUGUAAUAGAAAGCGAUUGAUCGAAAUUUGUCCUGUCUUCUUAGGUAUGUGACGCUCUCGCCAAAUGUUGCGAACUUUUCUGGGAUACGGACAGUUCGUGUUUUACGAGCUCUGCGAACAAUAUCGGUCCUAAAAGGUGGGAUUCGUCUUGAUUUAUCUCGACACUAACUUGUUGUAAUAUAACGUUUACGUCCUUUGGGGAGCAAAGGUGGUGCAGUGGUGAGAGUACUCGCCUCCCACAAAUGUGGCCCAGGUUCGAAUCCUGGCGUCGACGCCAUAUGUGGGUUGAGUUUGUUGUUGGUUCUCUCCCUUGCUCCGAGAGGUUUUUCUCCGGGUACUCCGGUUUUCCCCUCUCCUUAAAAAAAACCAACACUUUCAAAUUCCAGUUCGAUCUAGAAUGCACAGACACGUUUCAACGAGUUCUUAUGAACUCCUUAGUGAUCCGUGGGUAAACAAAUUACAAUUUACAAUACAAUACAAUUUUUAGAAAAAGUGAAAAGGGGCGUAGGAAGGUGGGAUUUUGUGGCCACUUUUAGGCAAUGUAGCAUUAACUUGUCUGCAGUUUUGAAUGUCUGUAAAAUUGAAAAGUGGCUUAACUCCCAAACCAGCGGAACUCAAACAAAAACUACCACAAAAAGUUCUUUUUCUGUCAGUUCACUCUGAUAUCUACUUUGGUGUCAAUUACAUGGUAAAUAAUAAUAAUAAUUAUUGUAAUAAUAAUAACUAGACAAAGAAUGAUGAUGAUGAUGAUGAUGAUGAUGAUGAUGAUGAUGAUGAUGAUGAAGGAAUACAAGUUCUUACGGAUGUCAACUUACUUGUAAAGCUUGGUGUUUCAUUCUCAGCUGCAUGUGUCUUUUCAACAGUAUUAUGAGUCAUUUACUCCUGUUUUUUAGGUUUAAAGGCGAUGGUGAACACGUUACUCCGAUCUCUGAAGCUGCUAAGUGAUGUACUAGUUUUGUUUUUGUUCUUUCUUGCUGUAAUGGCGCUUAUUGGAGUGCAACUUUUUGUGGGCCAUCUUAGACAGAAAUGUGUACUAAACAACGACAAUUAUCAUCACCUGUCGAUGUCAGACCGAGCGAAAAAUAAAAGUAAGUACUUGUCCUAGGAGUUGAAAUGCUUAUGACCUCACGUAAACUGAGGCUUGUACAGUGGUUUCUAUCCAUUACAAGACUAACCUUAAAGCUAUGUCACGCUGGUGCCUAUUUACACACCUGCUGGAAGUCGCUUUUCCUGAAUUAGUUUGUAGUCAUACUAGAAACAUCAACGUUGACUGUGAUUCUGACACACGACAUUUUAUUUCACCAGCCGUUUUUACGGCAUUAUUGGACUAUUUCGUAUUAGCUGUUUAUUAGCCCCGUUUCUAGCUUCAAAUAAACAAAGCAAGACCAAGCUUUUCAGACAGUUGAUUGAGUUGUUUGAUAUGUUCCCUCUAAGCAAACAAAGGGAUCCGAGCUCGUGUAAAAAUAACACAGCAUUUACACCGGUUCGUAUCCCAAAGGUACUAACAUGUUGGUUGAGUUUGUUGAUGGUUCUCUCUCUUGCUCCUGCUUCUAAAAAAUCCAGUUUCUUAGUGUAUCACGGAUAGUAAACAAAAGACAUAAAAAGUUAACAUUUUGACAACGGUCUUUCAGGUUUUUGGUUUUAUGAAGAAGGUAACCCAGUCAUUUGUGGGAACAGCACCUCAGCAAGGUAAUCAAAAGGAAAUUUUAGUGGCUUCUGUUCCUGUUGCCUUGUCGAUACCAAGACUGAAGAUGAUGAAUACUUCUGAAAAAGAAGCAGUUUGUAAUAAGAUAUGUCGAAGGGUCAUUUCUCAGUGCAGAUCAUGUGAUUUUUCCCCAGAGAACUGUUUCUUUCUAAUGUCCUGCUAUCAAUGUGCGUAUGUAAGCAUUAUUUGGCUGAAACGACAAGAGGCAAAUCCCCCUGAGAGCAUCACGUGGCCUGAUUGUGAAAACAAAAAAUACUCGCUAAUAAGGUCUAUUAGUCAGAUCACUCCAAGCCUCGAGUUGGUGCCUUCGUUCACAGGAAUUCCCCAUUACAGAAACUAUAAAGAGGAAUGGGAACAAGCUUUCGGCGCAACGAUUCAGAAUCGUUUGGGUGGACAAGCCUUAUUUAUGAUUGGUUAAUGGUUGCCUUGAAUACCAUCGACCAAUCAUAACUAACGCUUGUCCACCCAAACGAUCUCAGAUAUCACUGCAUCCAGAGCUUGUACCCUUUUCCCUAGACUUGCCCACAAGUCGAACUCAAAAUUUUUCUAGAGCGCAAAGCGCGAGUUAGAAAUUUUUCGGUGGCAAAGCGAGCAAGAAGCGAAGGACUUUGAGAAAGACUGCCAUUCCACUUAUAAUUUAUGGAGUGGGAAACGCGGUAACAUAUUCGGUCUUUUACACAUGUCUUUCUUUUUCUGUUAGAACAGUAGAGUCAAAAUGGAUUUCAUUUAUGAUAAACUAGAUUACUGUAUCACAGUUUUAAAUGCUCUAGAGGUCAUGGAUAAACCUUACAAAUUAAGGUGUACCUUGUUCUUCGCUCUUGUAGGUCCUGUCCAGUAAAUUACACUUGUUUACCGGAUGCAGGUCCCAAUCCUGACCACGGGUAUACAAGUUUUGAUCAUAUGGGGUGGUCUCUGGUGAUGUCAUUUCAACUCCUUACUAUGGACUUCUGGGAAAAUAUCUACAAUAAGGUACUACGUACAAUCAUAGUUGUUCUUGUUAUAGCCUUCCGCUUUCAAAGAGAUAUACAGACAUAAAAACUUGAUUGAAUUUCAGCGAUGUUGAUAAUAAAAAGUCCUGCAAUGAUUGUUGAGUGCUUCACACUCUUGUAUUCUUUUUGUUUUAGGUUCUUGCGUCCAGUGGCGUUUGGUGUGUGGUUUACUUUCUUGGAGCCAUAUUUUUCUGCUCAUUUUAUCUUCUAAAUCUGGUUUUAGCUGUGGUAGCCUUAUCUUAUGAAUUGGAAAUCAAAUCUGUCCACAAGGAGGUAAUCCCUUUUUCAGUUUUCUGCAUCACGGUUACAAUUGCAUUUCUUAUCUCUCUCUUACACGUCUUUUAAGUGUCUCAUCCCCUGAGUGUUUAGUUUUAGACGAAGUAAGUCCCGUUGCCCAGCUCCAACAUUGACGAGGGGUUGGGAGAGAGAGGAAGGGCUAUAAUAAAUACAGAGUAAAAUUAGUCGUUAUUUGCUCUUUGAAACACCUGUCAUUAUAUUGGUUUCUAAAGGAACUAAUAAAUCCAAAGAAAAUCAUCGAGUAUAAAACGCAACUUAACUAUAGCAACUGCGAAUAGAAAACCUGAAAAAAAUUCAGGCGUGCGUCUGAAACUGUGAUGAUCUUCUUUGCAGUUAUUUCUUCAUUCCCCGGUUCCAAUGUAUGAAUUUUAUUCAUUAAACGAUCUAUUAAAUGUUAGGGAUACGUUUCCAAAGCAUAUACAGCAUUCAUCUUCAAUGCCUUAAAAAGCUAUUACAAGAGAAGCGACUUUUUUUGAACGUAUUUUCUUUUAUAUAUGUUUACAAGAACGAGAGACGAAAGCGUGCAAACAAGACGGCCAUGUCAUAUCCUGCAGACUCUGACACAAUGGAGCAUCUCCAUCCUUUGACCACUAGAGUCCAGGUUCUCAUCAAAACCAUUCACGCAGUGAGGACACAAAAGAAAAUUGAGGAGAUCAACUUUCGAACUCCUAAAGAACCCGAGCCUCCAUCAUUAUAUCGUCUUAUUGGGAGCAAAAACUCGUUUAAGGAAAUCCUUGAUGAGAAGCUUAAGGAUGAAACAUUUCGAACGGAAAUGACGUGGAAACGACGCUUGCAAAGAAUGAUGUGUAAUAUUCUUGGUCACCCAUAUGUUGAGAUGUUUAUUAUGGGAUUCAUACUUGCAAACACCGUAGUUCUUGCUUUGCAUCACCAUGAAAUCGACGCAAAGUUCAAGAAAAUCCUCGAUGCCUUAAAUCUUGUAAGUAAUUCAGAAUCGACCGACUCAUAUGCAUAGAGUUUAUUGGAAACUGAAAAUUAUCUGCAGCUCAAUAUCAUUGCCGGCUCAUUUAAAUGCGCGCGCAUUUGUCAACAAAAAGUAAUAACUUAUAUUCAAUAUUUUCCAGAUGUUUACCGUCAUAUUUACUUUGGAAAUGAUAGUGAAGCUCGUGGCCCUCGGACCGUUGUAUUACCUGCAAGGAAGAUGGAAUAUAUUUGAUGGUAUCAUUGUUAUAAUCAGCUUAGUGGAUACAGGGCUUGAGUUAGCAGACUUCAAGGAAUCCUCUGGAACAAGUGUCUUUAGAACAUUUCGCCUGGUAAUAGAAGUAUAAAUGCUUCAGUGUAGAGUUCUGUAAAUAAGAAAAAAAAAACAAACUUGGUCAUUUCAACUUUCGCAAUGCUAGACGUUGCAUCCCAAUUUUCACCAAAUUGACCUUUCAUCCCUCCACUAACAACGACUUAUCAGCGCACCAGUUUCGUAAAAGGUGGCUGGCAACAGUUUCCAAAAAUUGUUUUUACAACACUAUUUCCACUUUACUGUUGCAGUUCAGGAUCUUAAAGCUGGCUCAGUCCUGGAAGACGAUGCGCAGACUGUUGGCAACAAUAGCCAACAGCGUCGGACCAAUCGGAAACAUCACUCUCAUCCUGGGUCUUGUGAUCUACAUCUUUGCUCUGAUGGGAAUGAAAAUGUUUGGCAAAUCCUACACACCAGACAAGUUUCAGCCAGAUGAAGUCCCUCGCUGGAAUUUCAAUGACUUUUGGCACGCGUUCAUGAUGGUGUUCAGAGUGUUGUGUGGGGAAUGGAUCGAGCCCCUCUGGGAUUGCAUGAGGGCCACAGAAAGUCCCGCCGCUGCGAUACUUUUUUUCAUUCCAGCCGUCGUCAUAGGAAAUUUUGUUGUAAGUCAUAUGGUAAAUGAUACUCAAAGAAAUGUACUAAGAAUACACCAAAUAUUCGCUUCCAGCACUACGGAAGCCUGAUAAGACGGGGGGCUGACAAAUCCUGAAACUGAAAUUCGCGUAAUUUUCUACCCGCAAAAAUGGUUAUCCACGAAAUUAAACUCUCGCAAGCAUCUAAUGUCACAAGGUAUUUCACCACUUAAUUAAUUUUGCUACAUCACACGUGAUUAUCAAAAGAGCAUCAUGGUAACUGCUGACCGAAUUGUCACAAACAGUUACAUUAAGUUUAGACCCGCAAGUUUCAAAGGAUUCUUUUACCUGUUUACUACUUUAACUGUAACCUUAGUUUCUAAAAGUUAGUUACAGCGAGAACGUCUUCGCAAGUACAGUGAAACCUCUAUUGAGCGGGCCCCCAAUUAAGCGGACACCCUCUGAAACUGCAAAAGCGUAAAGUCUCUUGGCCUUAAUGACAACGCCACGAACCAAGUAAGAAUGAAGAUUUAUUCAGUGCACAUACAAACGGCGUGGGUUGAAACUAAAACGGUAAAAAAGUAAAAAAGUUACAAGUUGCGACUAAAGUAAAUAAGAGUAAAGAAAUAACAAAACUGCAAAACGAGGACUGUGAAAUACACUUACAUUGUUUCGGCCAGAGAAAACUGCUGAAGCGGACUGCGAAUAACGCGAAGCUACGGACUAGCAAGAAACUAAAACAGAACUGCGCUAAGCGCGAACCAAAAAUGAACUGCCCAAACUGUACUGCAAAAUUACGAUAUAUGAAAAAUACGCUAGAACAUGCGGAAAACAAAACUAUAGAAACUUAGAAAGGCGCUAAUGAAGAUGAAACAGCAAAGAAACGCUAACGAGGGCGCGAAAACUGACAAAAAGGAAUAAACACCUAAAUUAACGCAAAAAAAAAGACUAAACAAAAGGACGAAAAGAAGUAUAAACUAAUUUGCGUACGCAAAGGAAAAACAAAUUACACAAGAACGAAUAAUAGGAAAAAUGUUACACUUGGAUCUUACAUACCGGCCCCAUAAGUGAGGAGCACACGCGAGGCACUUAAAUUAAACAAUUAAAGAUCUAAGUGUCUUUCUAAGAGUUCUUAAUGUUCUCUUCUCCUGAAUUCAGAAAAUUGCACAGAAAAUAACUCCAAAGGGAAAGUUCAAGCUUCUAUCAGCAAGCAAAGUUUGUCAAUUGGCCUCUCCAAAACUGCUCCUUUUACUUUCACCCUGGUACGGUGCACCAAACCUUUCUUGUCGGCGAAGACUUCUACCACUCUACCAAGGGGCCAUGAAUUGCGAGGGGAAUUUUCCGCGCUCACUAGAACAAUAUACCCAACGGCCAGGUUCCUGCGAAUCGUCGUCCAUUUCUGCCUACUUUGGAGCAGAGGCAAGUACUCCUUAGACCAUCUCUUCCAAAAGAUAUGUGCGAGAUAUUGCACUUGUCUCCAUCUGCGUCGAGAGAAGGAGUCUUCCUUAUAGAAUAACCCAGGGGGUAUCUGAGGCUCCAAGCGUAAAAGAAGCAAAUGGUUUGGUGUAAGGGGCUCCGGAUCAUUGGGGUCACCUGAAACAGUGGUGAUUGGACGACCAUUAAUAAUGCUUUCCACUUCGCAUAGGAGGGUGACUAAACCUUCGUCGUCAACAGUUUGAGUUUGAAGCAAAGCUAGAAGGACCUUGCGCGUUGUUCGAAUGCAGCGCUCCCAAACACCUCCAUAAUGGGAGCCAUAGGGGGAUUGAAGUUCCACUUGAUACCCUUCUGAAGUAGAGCUUCGUGAAUCUUGUUGAGAUUCCAUGCGUUGAUGGAUUCCCUGAGCUCCCUCUCUCCGCCGGUGAAAUUGGUGCCAUUAUCGGAUCUGAUCUCCUUUACCUGGCCCCUCCUUGCUAUAAACCUUCUGAGCGCCAUCAGGAAAGAAUCAGUUUCCAAACUGUGCGCCACUUCAAUGUGAACUGCGCGGAUAGAAAGACACGUGAAAAUGACCCCAUAUCUUUUCACAAGACUUCGCCCACGGCGUACCUGAAGAGGACCAAAACAAUCAAUGCCGACAGAUGUAAAAGGUGGCUGACCUGGGGUAACACGAUCCACGGGAAGGUCAGCCAUUUUCUGCUCACAGAACGGGCCUUGACGCCGCCGGCAGCUAAAACAUUUCGAAAGAACUUUCCUGACAACAGAACUUGCGUUUACGAUCCAAAACUUCUCGCGCGCAAGACUGAUAACGUACUCUCUUCCAGAGUGACCGGAGAUCUGGUGGUAAUAUUCUACUACAAGGUUGGUCACGUGAUCCUUCUUGGGCAAAAUAAUCUGAUGUUUGGCCUCAAAUGCAGUGGACGCUAAACUUAACCUCCCACCGACACGUAAGACGCCGUUCACUAAGAUUGGAUCCAGACUUCGAAGGCUGCUGCUUUUCUUGACUUGCGUACCGUUUUCAGACUUGCUUAACAGCUCAAGCUCAUCCGGAAAAUUAAACUGCUGGACGUUCCUGAGGAUUUCUAGCUCCGCGAUCUCCAACUCCGUAACGGUAAUUGGUGGUAAAGAAAGGAGGGGAGUUGAAUGGAUCGGCUCUCUCGCUUUUCCGCGUUUACUUAACCUUUGCAAGUUUCCAAGGUACCGUAAAAACCAUGCAACUGACUUCUUCAAUCGGUGCCAGGAAGACGCGCGUUGAAAGUACUCAACCAAAGGAUGCUCCGACUCGGUAACAGAGGCGUGACAAACUUUAUAAACCAUCUUCACUUCCGGGUCUCCGUCUUGAAGACAUCCAAGUGAUGAGGGGUUCCUAGGCCAAUCUUCUUCUGACUUCCAGAGAAACUCCGGCCCCAGUAACCAUCUUUGGCAGCUCAACAAUGCAUUGGCAGUCAACGCUCUUGAAGCGCAAUCUCCAGGAUUCGCUACACCUUCCACAUAGCGCCAUUGAUCUGGACUUGAGCCCUCUCGUAGCACAGCAACCCGAUUGGCAACAAACGUGUGGAACCGCGUACUUUCGUUCUUCACAUAACGAAGCACUGACAUGCUGUCUGACCAAAACACGGAUUCGCAAUUAGGAGGCAUCUCCAGCUCUUCCUUGAGCAUCUUGUCUUGUCGCACAGAAACGGUUGCGGCCGAGAGCUCUAAACGAGGAAUAGAAAUAGCUUUCAAAGGAGCAACGCGUGAUUUUCCAAACAGGAAGGAACAAUGAACUCGGUCCUCAUGGCUAACCAGUCGAAGGUAAGUCACUGAACCAUAAGCAGCUUCUGAUGCAUCAGAGAAGUAAUGCAGCUGACUGGAUUUAACGGGACCAAAAUCCUCUGGCUUUAAACAGCGACUCACAGCAAACUCCGAGAGCUUUGGAACAUCUGCUAGCCAAUUUUCCCAACGUGCAGCGUACUCAGUCGGGAUCUCGUCAUCCCAUCCAAGCUUAAUGCGACAAAGAUCUUGAAGGAUUUCCUUCGCGGUCAGAACGAACGGUGCCAGGAAUCCCAACGGAUCGAAAAUAGCACUCGCUAGAGACAAGAUACCCCUACGCGUUGGUGGACGGGAGCUAAUGUUGACUUUGAAGCGGAACGAGUCGGAUUCUACACACCAUUGAACUCCUAGGGCUCGCUGAACAGGCAACUCGUCCUUCCUUAUGUCCAUGUCCUUGAUGUCCUUUGCUCGCUCCUUCUCAGGGAUGGCUUGCAGAACACCACGGCUAUUGCUGACCCAUUUGGUUAGCUUGAAACCACCACGUGAUAGUAAAGUGCAUAAACUGCCAACAUGCUCAACGGCUUUCUGCUCGCCAGGGAGGGACUUCAAACAAUCAUCAACAUAAAAGUUUCUUUUAACUGUGUUAAUGACGUCAGGAGGGAAACUGUGACGGUUAUCUUCUGCUGUCUUGCGGAGUGCGAGAUUUGCGCAAGCCGGUGAUGAAAUGGCUCCAAAUAAGUGAACGACCAUCUGAUAUUCUUGUAAUUCGCUCGCCAUGUUGCCAUCCUGCCACCAAAGAAAACGCAGAAAGGAACUGUCAGGAUCGGGAACUCUCACUUGGUGGAACAUGGACUCUAUGUCCGCCAUAACGGCCACUUUCUCUUCACGAAACCUCAACAGGACUCCUACAAGCGAGCUGGUUAGGUCCGGGCCCUUGUACAGCAUGUCAUUGAGAGACUUUCCCAUAAAUUUGGCCGAACAGUCAAACACGACGCGGAUCUUUCCUGGCUUGCGAGGGUGGUAAAUACCAUGGUGCGGUAUGUACCAGGCGGUGCCCUUCGCGGGGCUCUUCUGAUCAGGGGACACUUUGCGUGCAUAUCCUUUGGAGAGAAUGUCUUCCAUAAAGGCCUUAUAAUCUUGGUACAACUUCGGGUCUCUUUCCAGCCUUUUCUUCAACCAAAUGGAGCGCUGCCAGGCCUGAGCCUUGUUGCUAGGUACAGGCGUUUGGCGAUCCUUAAACGGUAAAGAGAUUUGAUAAUGCCCGUUUCUCAACUCCACCGUCUGUUCGGCGAUUUGCAUAAAUCUACGUUCGUCUUGAGACAUCUCUGUCUUGCUAUCAACGGUGGGAUCGGUAAAAUCGCGAUUGUAGAAGUCUUCUAUCAUCUGUUGGAGCCGGUGAUCGACUUUAGCAACAAAAGUGGAUGACCGUGAACUAUGGUGACGACGGCCUAAGGGACCAUUUACCGCCCAGCCGAUUCGAGUUCUUGAAGCAUAAGGACCACCGUCUUGACUGUGCUUGAUAUCAAGUGGAUCGAGAGCCUUGGGAACGUCACUAGCAAUCAAAAGGCCAACCUCAGCGUUGAGACGAGGCAGAAAAACUCCUUGCAAGUGGGACCACUGAUCAACGUCGUCCUGAGUUGGAAUGUCGCUGCUGGACACAGGAAUCUCCGGCCUGGUGUAAAGGGUCGGGAGGCUAAUCCACUCGUUCUCGUCCAAAUCGGAUACAAGAAGAUCGCGAACCAGGAAGCUGUUGGUGAUGCUGUUUUUCUUCUCAAGAGUAUACAGGGAUAUCUUAACUUGCUGACCAUUAAUCCCGAGCUGCUUCAUGAGCGAUUCAGUACAGAAACUAGAGUUACUACCGUUAUCCAAGAAGGCGUAGGUGAUGACGCUCUUAUCACUAUCUUUCGCUCUUACUCUGACUGGUAUUAUGGCCAUGCCUGUCCUACGACCCUCUCCUGAAGUCUCACUGUUGGCACUGGUGCCCGUUUUUACCAUGUGACUACAAACUUGAGUGCUGAUUACGUCUUCCGUGCCCACUCCAACGUCGACAGCUAGUCUCUCACGAGGGCUUGUAUGUAAAACAGCAGGAUGCCGACCUUUACAGUUCGCAAUCUUGCAAUUUUUCCUCUGCGGGCAAAACUUUGCGACGUGUUCGGUGGAUAAACAUCCAAAGCACAGCUUUUUGGACAACAGGAAUUGAAUUCUCUCUUGGUAGGGUUUCCACCGCAAUGACUGACAAUCCUCAAGGGCGUGGUUUCUGCUACAAUAGAGACACCGAUUUCUCCCUUGUGAGGGACCCUGAUCGAUUCCAGAUGGCUGAACCUUACGAGUCUGAGGUCUCUGCUCUCCAUCGGCGCGUCGACUUGGCUCCUUUACACCCUGCGGAACCGUUUCACUGGUAUGACCUUCACUAUCGCCUACAUGUGCUAAGAGACUGAGAUUCUUGGGAUUGGAUGUCCUGCCACCAGAGGACCGCUGACCAGGCGCCGAUCUUACGGUAUCGGAUAUCUUGCCAAAGACUGGGUUGGUUAGUAUUCUUGCUUCGCGAUCAACAAAGGCAACGAAGUCACUGAACUGUACUGGCCUUAACUGUCUGUCCAUGAUGUCAUCAGCUAAGCGACGCCAUCUUUCUCUCAUGCUGUAAGGAAUCUUGAGCACCAACUUUUGAAUGUUUGCUGGCUGAUCAAACUUAGAAAUGUACUGGCUACCUGCCAAUGCGUUCUUGCAACUUGCGAGAAAGACUGAAAAACGAUUCAAAAGCCACACCAUCUUCUGCCUUUAUGCUCGGCCAGUCCAGGGCCUUCGUCUCGUAAGCGGAUGCUAUGCGAUAAUCGUCACCAUACUUCCUUCUCAAAAGCCUACGAGCCUCGUCGUAACCUUCUUCCGCUGGUAAAUGAUGACAGGAUCUUACAAGUUCCUUAACGUCCCCUGCGGUGAACUGCUCAAGGUAAUAGAGUCUAUCAGUACUGCUAAAUGUUCUGGAUUCAACCAAAUUUUCAAAAGCGCGAACGAAGGUGCGGUACUCAAUAGGGUUUCCGUCAAACACAGGAACACGGGGCUGCGGAAGUUUGUUCCUAUUCUGAUUAUGCGCUAGCAAUUCCAUUAUUCUAUUCUGCUGAAACUGAAGAGCAGUCUGUUGCCGCUGCAAACCAAUCGUUUCCUUUCUCAGAUCCUCGCCGACUGUACACGCUUGAUAAUCAAACUGGCCGUAAGGAACAGAAUCCAUGGACACGCCCUGGCCUGGGUGAUGCACCUCGCCUGGAAAAGACCUUUUCGCGCGGGGGCUGGUACGAGGGGGAUUCUGAUCCUGGAGCUCUGUCUCCAAUUUUAAAGGCUUCACCUCCGGUAGAGAAGGGGAGGUCAUUGCUGCGUAGACCCUCUCCUUAGCUGUUGUCUUGACCAUUUCGGCUUCGAGGUUAAGGCGUAAUUCUUCCUGCUGUAAACGAAACUUUUUCUCUUCGAGUGUUUGGCGCUUUUCGAGCAUAGAAAUUUCAGCUUUUAACUCGGCAAUUCUUGCGGCUUCUUUGGCUCUCGCGACUGCAACUGAUAAAGCACGACCACCACGUGAACUUGCUCGACUUGAAUGUUUUGAAACCUUGGAAGCACCUGAAGGAAUUGGUGUGCCAGCACAACUAAUUGAAUCCUCGGGAUUCACUGCCGAAUCUACUUGAAGCGAUUCUGCUAAUAACUUGUGUUCAAUGUUAGUUAUCCAAUCGACAAUCUGCUGACGGAACACACGAACCUUUCUCUCUUUGUCUUCAAGAUAGCGUUACCCUCAUUAAUGGCGUUCUCAUCCAGAAUUUCGCCGACAUAGUCGCGAUGGGCCUCUAUAAAUCUUUCAAAAGCGUUGUCCAAGUAAGGAAGCUUCUCUUUAACCUCUUGAAGAUUAUGAUCAUCAGUAAGCAAGCCAGAAAUUUCAUUGGAAAUGGCGGUUACGGUAGAUAGGUGACCAGACCUUGAAUUUUUCUUUAAACGAAGUGUUUCCAGGUUAGACGCUUCAAAAUCCAGCGAACGGUUUGGUUGUCGUACGCGUGUUCCAACUCGCCGGGCGACGGGAUCUGUAAGCUGCUUGCGGCUAAAGCUCAUGACGAAACGACAUGUCACCAACAAUUUUCAACGAUGAAACUGCAAAAGCGUAAAGUCUCUUGGCCUUAAUGACAACGCCACGAACCAAGUAAGAAUGAAGAUUUAUUCAGUGCACAUACAAACGGCGUGGGUUGAAACUAAAACGGUAAAAAAGUAAAAAAGUUACAAGUUGCGACUAAAGUAAAUAAGAGUAAAGAAAUAACAAAACUGCAAAACGAGGACUGUGAAAUACACUUACAUUGUUUCGGCCAGAGAAAACUGCUGAAGCGGACUGCGAAUAACGCGAAGCUACGGACUAGCAAGAAACUAAAACAGAACUGCGCUAAGCGCGAACCAAAAAUGAACUGCCCAAACUGUACUGCAAAAUUACGAUAUAUGAAAAAUACGCUAGAACAUGCGGAAAACAAAACUAUAGAAACUUAGAAAGGCGCUAAUGAAGAUGAAACAGCAAAGAAACGCUAACGAGGGCGCGAAAACUGACAAAAAGGAAUAAACACCUAAAUUAACGCAAAAAAAAAGACUAAACAAAAGGACGAAAAGAAGUAUAAACUAAUUUGCGUACGCAAAGGAAAAACAAAUUACACAAGAACGAAUAAUAGGAAAAAUGUUACACUUGGAUCUUACACCCUCUAUUAAGCGGACACUAAGCCGGGUCUCGAGACGAGCGUCUUAGAUUUCCCUUUAUAACGAACCCCUAUUCGGCGGACACCUCUAUUAAGAGGACAAAGACACUAAAAUAAAUUGUAUCUGGCUAAUUUCUAUUGUUAAAACCUCUAUUAAGCGCACCCCGGACUGAAUUGACAACAGUAGUAUUGGAUUACGUCCUUGAAUACGUAUUGAAGUCAGUUAAUGUUCUUUGCAUUUACAAACAAAUUAAAGUUGGUAAUGAAAGGUAAUGAACUUGAACUCUGAUAGCAGUUCUUUAAUGAACUUGAACUCUGAUAGCAGUUCUUUAACAACAUGCAACUUUAUCACAGUACAGAGUAACAAUUGACUGUUGAUCGUUCUGAAGGUGUCAGCUUAAUAGAGGUUUCACUGUAAUUCAUUUUCGUCCUUUUGUGGUUUAUUUCUCAGGUACUUAACCUUUUUCUGGCUCUUCUUUUGAACGCUUUUGAUAACGGUGAUGAGGAUGAUGAAGAAGAGGAAAACGACGAUGACAACGAAGAAGCCAUAUUUAAAAAAUUCCUCACUAAGUUAACUCAGACAAAGAAAACAGUGAUCUCGGUAACUGAUUUCUCUUUUCGUCCGGAAACUUGCUCUUCUUCGCAAGACAUACAAACGAUUGUAAAAGACAACGAAGGCAAGAACUCAGGGAAAUCAGCCUGUAGAGCAGUAGGUAUGUAAUAUUUAUUAUACCAUAUUUUUGUUGAGGUUUUAAGUAGUAUAGUAGGAAUGAAAUAUACCAGUUUUUUGCGGUGGAAUACUAUACAUUAACGCUGCCGAUAAACUUGUAUAAUAAUCCUAUAAUGAAACAACUACCGGAUUCUCAACUCCUUACUGUUACAUGAUUAGAUUCUGGGCGAUCGGAUAUUUUCCCUUGCUUGUUAUGUAAUUGCAGCCAUGAUAGUACAGCCUAAUCACUGCGUUGCUGUUUGAUUCUGCCACUUUUUUAAGUUCGAUGAAGUGGAGGAAAUUGAAACUAGGAAAUUCUCGAGCAAAACCUUCGUUUGGAAAAAAGGUGGGCGUUGCUCCUAUGCUCUAGAGUACUGCAGGUCCUUCGGAUUAUGUCACGAUAAAAGUUUUCUCUCUCAAGUAAGAGAAAAGUACCUCUUGCAGUUCACCUAUCUGCUGAUAAAUGUGGAACCCCAAUCAUCAUGUUGCAAAACAAGCGACAUCUUUGAAUUCAGUCUGUAUAUGUGCUGUAUUUCAGUUAACAUUAACCCCGGAAGUCGUCAAUUACAAGACCUAUCACAAGCCGCAGAAGUUGAGGACUGUUUUCCAGAAUGCUGUGUUUCUCCUCUCACCAGCUGUGCCUGUUGUAAGACUUUUAGGUGUGACAGGUGGCUGAAGUUUCGCUGGCGCACGCGAAUGCUGGUGGAGCACAGAUACUUUGAGUGGUUUAUUCUUUUCACUGUGCUGUUAAGCAGUUUUGUACUGGUGAGUGACUUUUCCUAGUACGCUCAACAUGUUUUCAUGUCAUUUUUUAAGGCUGUUUUCGCAUUCUUGGUCUCUGCCAAAUUUGCGACAACUAGAAAAUUUACAACUCUCCUCUCCCCUGCCUGCCCAACCUUGAAUUGGCUUGAUAUUAAAAAAACUACACUAUUUUGUAUCUUUUGCCUCAAGGUCUUUGAAGAUGUAAACCUUCCGAGCAAGCCCAUGCUUGAAAAAGUGCUGGAUGCCUUGAAUUACCUGUUUGCUUUUACCUUCGCUGUAGAGUUUGUUCUGAAAAUCAUUGGCUUGGGAAUAGUUCGCUAUUUUUCUUCUUGCUGGAAUUGCCUGGAUGCGCUGAUAGUUGUGGUAAGUGCUGCUAUCUUUCAGUAUCGUUUACACGAAGUGUUUAUUACAAACAGGACAAAGAUAUGUCGAUUCCCACCUUAAUUAAGUGUGAGGACUAUGCAUGGCGACCACCUGAUCUGAUCAGCCUGAUGAGCCGACCAUUUUUUGGUCUCAGUAUUUGAGAUAAGCCCUCAAUGUUUUGUGUUAGAGAAGCUUGUAUCGCCAAAAUUAAAAAGAACAGUCUUGACUUUUUCUCGGCAGUAGCUUUAUUUGCAAUGUGGUAAGUACUUGAUCAAGUGUCGUCCUUAGCGGGAUAAGUGUAGUUUCUACUGAACGAGAUUCAUUUCUAGACUGGACUAGAUUUACAUGUCUGCCAAGCGCAUAAUCAACAGCCAUAUUACCUGCUUCUUCUUGUUUUGAAUUCAAUUUCAGAUUUCACUGGUUUGCGUGUUUCUAGACACCGAUUUAACAUUCGUUCGCUCCUUACGAACAGUAAGAGCUUUGAGACCUUUAAGAGCAGUGUCUCGCUUGGAAGGUAUGAAGGUAAGACUGACCUGCGUCGUAGAGCAGGAAAAAAACUAAUCAUUUGAAGCUUUGCGAGAGACUGAGUCGGGUGUUGUGUCAAAUUAUACUAUGAGAGUGUUUCUGGGAUGAAUUUGGACCCAGUCUUCUACCCAAAUGUCGCCAAGAUAGUCUACUGACUUGAAAGAAACAUAAAAGUAACCACUAUAACAUUUCAGAAAGGUUUAAGCAGAAUUAGAGAAGAAGGAACAGAGGAAGAAAAUCAAAAACGAUUAAUCCAUAGAGGUUCUGUUGAAUUUUAUUGAUGAGUCAUAGCCUAAGAGUUGUUAGAAGUUGUUGUUUGUAAUUUUAAGUAUCGUUUGGGAGACACUUGUUCGUCAUGAAGCUGUAAUUCUGUAGUUUACUGGUAAUAGUUUCGUUAACGUCAAGUUCUAUAGCGAGUUUAAGAGUGAGUUAUUGGCAAAAGCUGACGGGAUGGACUAGAUUUCCGUAACACACCUCUUAGUUCCCCACCUUGGGCAAGUCCUGCAGCGUUUCACUGGUAAUUAAACUCCUAAGCACGAGGCCAUGACUUUGAUUAGAAACCUUCACCCCUCAGCUAAUCAACUUUUUUUCCUUCUUUAAGGUAGUGGUAAAUGCGCUAUUUUCCGCCAUCCCAGGAAUAGGAAACGUCCUGUUGGUGUCUAUCUUGUUCUGGUUAAUAUUCAGUAUUCUAGGCGUUCAGCUUUUUGCGGGAAAGUUCUACAAAUGUGUGGACCCGGACGGCGAGCGUGAAUCGGCAGAUAUUGUGCCUAACAAAACAGAGUGCCUCAAACGUCCAGGUUAUCGAUGGAUAAAUUCAAAUGUAAACUUUGAUAACGUCAUUAAUGGCUUCUUGGCUUUAUUUCAAGUAGUAAGUAUUCAAGAACUACUUUCGUGCUUUGAAGGUAAAUUUCACCUAUUUUACGUUGACUAUUAAAAAGGAGAUUAUCCAAACUCCAAACUUUCCCCUCGAUUAUUUUGACUGUUUAUUUUACCCUGUAUCAUAGGCUACAUUUGAAGGUUGGAUGGAGCUGAUGGAAGAUGCAGUGGAUUCGAAAGAGGUUACUUGAAAUUUUAUGUGUCAUGAUCUAUUUCACUGUAAAUCCCUUGUCGACUUCUGGUUUGCGACCCUUAAGAUUGUCUCAUCUUUUAAGUGUGCCAAAUUCUAGAGGCACUGAAGAAAAUAAUAAAGCCAGCAACGGGGCUAGACAGAGUCAAAAGAAGAUGAUGGACCCACUCUUUUCUCUGGAGGAAAUUCGGCGAUCUUGACAUGGGGGGGGGACCCCAGAUUGGUGAGGUAACAUGUAUUGCGGCUCACUCCACAUAGCUUGUAAACGUGAUCAAAUUAAAAUGAGAGAUUAUAUGGACAGGCGGGUUACCUCACCCAUCUCACUUACGUCCAGAAAUGCAUGCAAUGGCGAUAAUGGCGAUAAUGGCGAAAAUCGCCAGACAGCUGGCAAUUCAAAUUGGAUGAAACUUGGAGAGUGGGGAUUUUGAUGAAAAUGGGAGAAAUGGCGAAAAAUCGCCAGAGGGCUGGCGAGUUUAUGGUAAUUGUCUUUGUUUUUCUUGUCCCAGUGUGUAUCUUGCUUACGAGCAUGCAUGGUUUUGUACCAUGUGAAUGAUUAGCUGCAAAAGGCCUAUUCUACCUCUAGACAUCAAUUGAAAAAAUUAUUUUUCCUGCUGUUCUGCUGUCAUUUUUCCUCUUAGGUGGAUGAGCAACCUGAGGACGAAAGUUAUCUCGGGGCCUAUAUUUACUUUGUCAUCUUCAUAGUUCUUGGUGCCUUCUUUGUCCUGAACUUAUUUGUUGGAGUCAUAAUUGACAACUUCAACAGCUUGAAGAGAAGGGUAGGAAAAAAUUCAAAUAAAGUUUUUAGCGUGAAUCUUCUAAAAGAAUAAAUCAAUCAAUCAUAAAUAAGAAUUACAUUAAAGAAAUCAGCUCCAUGAUGAGUUGUAGAAUAACGAAAAAGUUUGUUGAUCUUUUGAAGAUACUUCAAACGCUUGAAAGAGUGUUACUAAGCAGCUCUGCUUUUAUUUUAAAACCAAUUCUAGGUGUCUGGAAAACAGAGGAAACACUCCCUACUCAUGUUUGAGAGUCCUGUUAGUCUUUCUAAAAAUUCAAACAAGCCAUGUUUCCUCUUGCCCUUGAUACAACCUUUUGUCCAGGGUGAAACACAGUAGCGUUCAGUAGUGUAGCCACUUGACAUGUGACUCUUGAUAUUUAAAGGGAAACAGUGCGUGAGAGACAGCUACGUACUAACCCAUACAUUCAGAACAAUUGUAGCCAAGGAUAAUGGACUAAUAAUGCAUCUGGAUGUUUAAUUUUAGUACGAUGAGCUAAGCUGCAUGGGAAUGCUCCUGACCGAUGCUCAGAGGAAGUGGGUAGACAUUUUGAAAGAAUCAGCUAAGAAGAAGCCGUUCGAUCACAGCAUCAGACCAGAGGUUUGAUAUAUUCCAAUAGACCUUUUUACCGAUAUGGGGGCCAUAUUGAAUUAAUUAGAUUUAAGGAUUAUCAUGGGAUGCCGAGGGGCCAAGAGCAACAAUCCGAUUUACUCGGGGAAAUUCUGCUUAAAGUUUUCCUAGAAUAAGAUUAUAAUGGGAAAAAAGAUCGUUGUGCCGUGUUUGGAUGUAAUAAUGAUCGCCGUUUUCCUGAGAAAUAUAUGAUGACAGAACAUACCAGUUUCUCCGAAGGUACGUUUCUGCUCUUGCAAGGACCCAAGGCACUUGGCUACUUGGACAAGAAUUCUGAGCCGGAAGGGAUUUAAGGUGAACAAAAACACAAAAAUAAUGAAGUUUACUCAAAUCAUUCUAAAUUGGAAGACCAUUUGACAGUCAUCCUCUUCCCACGCUCUUUCUGAAGGGCUAUGAUCGGGAAAUAGUGACCCGUAAAAGAAAAGCUCCCAUGGACAAGCUUCCAGUACAACCAAUUAAAGUAAGGAGAAGAAGAAGUCAGAUACUAACCCUAAACAGCACGAGAAAACUUGAAGAAACAAUUAGUAUUGAGGACACGCCGAAGAAACUGUCUUUCACCGUAUAUUUCUCGGGAAAACGGCGAUCAUUAUUACAUCCAAACACGGCACAACGUUUUUUUUUUAUCAUUUACAAUCUUAUUCUAGGAAAACGUUAAGAAAAAUUGCCCCGAAAAGCGCGCGUAAAUACUGAGAGAGUAUAUCGGAUCGUGCUCAUGCCCAUGAGCAUGGUCUAUUGUUUUGUUUUGUUUUGUUUCUAUUAACAUUUUGGUAUCAUUCUAUGCAUCUUGAACUUGAAUUCCAAUUCAGUCACGUUUCAUCGUCUCAUUUCAUGGGAGUAGAGCCACAGUGUACGGUGUCUCUCAACUCUUCUUUUUCUCUUCUUUCGUGCACCGGGAUGUAGAUGGUCUGAGGAGCCGAAAUAUAUGCACUUGACAAGUGGGACGGAUACGUAAUAGUCAGUGAAUCGAAAUUUUAAUUACUCUUAGGAACACCUUAUGUAGCGCGAAUGGCUCCAGUCGCCUACACCCUUUAGUCAAUCCAGGAGUCGAUCAUAGAGGCAUGUAGAGCUCAGAUGCAGUUCCAGAUUUUCAGUCAUUUAAAUUCCACGCUGCCAGCAUUGACAUGCAGCAUUCAUAUGGAUCGUCUUUAGCAGUAUUGUGGCAUGUUUCAAGAAUGUGAAGUUCUAACGUUUGAGUCUACAUAAGUAUGCACCCUUCUUUAUAGGCCGAGAAAAAAAAAAAGGUUUUGAUGCUUAUCGCAUUUACUCUUCCACAGAACAAGAUACUGCGUAUUAUGUACGACAUUGUCACCAAUGAAUUAUUUGAAAUAGCAAUACUGGGGAUUAUCAUGUUAAACAUGUCAAUUAUGAUGUGGCAACAUUACGACCAGCCUAGAAUCAUCAGUGACACACUUCAUAUCCUUUUUAGUCCAAUCUACUACUUUAUAUUAAAGCGAUCGUAAUCUUCUUCAUUAAAUAUCCAUUAAAUAUUUUUAAUAAAUAUUACUUUACAAUAAAACAGAUCGAAUAAUAAAUUAAUUAUUCAGUAAAACAAUCUUUUUCGACACGUCGCGUUUUUAUUAAAUUGCCGUGCUUAUAUUUUAAGAUUGCUUCUCUCUAUGCCAUUUAAGAGCCACGUUUUUGUGAAAUUUUGACUUUUACUACUGCAGAAUAUUUUUUCUUCAUUUUGGCAAGAUUUUACAGCUUGCUUUCCUUUUGGCAAUCCUUCAUGUCCCUUCCAUAUUUUUACAUGUAGUUUGAAAGCUUUUGUUUCUUUUUUAUGUUAGCUUAUCUGGCUUAUAUGAUGUGAGCAUGUUUUAUUUGAAUCUUGUUUCCUUAACAAUAGCUGCGAUCUUGUGUCCAGCAAACAAAGAUAUUUAACUGGUUUUUCACCGUUAUCUUUACCUUGGAAGCUGGCAUCAAACUCGCUGCUCUGAGGCAACAUUACUUUAAAAAAGCCUGGAACAUAUUUGACUUUUUCAUCGUAAUCAGUUCAAUUAUUGGUAAGUGACAACAAAUGAUCCUUUUAAGUAACCAAUAAAGAAACAACCAACAAAACAACAACAUAAAUAGAACAACAAUUUUAUUCCGAUGUUAAAUUGCAAUAUAAGUCUUGACCUCGCCAAUAGUCAGAAUAAGUCUUUAACACCAUAAGCUUUAUUUUAAGAAACUGGAUGCCAGUGUUAUGUAAUAAACCAUAUUCAUAUUUUCGGUGGUUGCGUUCUAUAACUUAAAUAAUGUGAGGAAAUGCUUGGCUGUAAUUACGUUUCCCUAGAUCAGUAUGCGUAGAUUGUUCUCAAUAAUUUGUUUUUGGUGCGAUUGUCUUUGAUCGGUCACCGAAUUCGAGUAUCUGCCACCUCCAUCUCAUAUGCUUAUAUUCGUCUCACUCCCACGUUCUUUCAGUAUCUAAGAAAAAGAUGCCAGACUCCUAAACUCGGAGAUCGAUUUCGAUGACGGCUGGAAAAAUGGGCAGAUGGGAGCUACCAUAAAUGCGUUUCGUCAGCGAUAAUUAAUUUAUUGAUAACUUGGAAGAAAUUUAGGGAUCUGGUCUCGCAGUUGAGUGUGACAUAAGCAAAUAAACUUAAGGCCAUCACAAUACUGUAACCGCUACUGGUUCCAAACGGAAAAACAAACAGGAAUCUGAAGGUAUUUCUCAAAUCCGAAUCUCAUUUUCCUUUUCAUUUUUUAAAGGUUUGGCCAUGGAUGAACUCACCACUGAUGAUAACAGCAUCAUACAUCCCAGUCUCCUAAGGGUUUUUCGUGUCGCCAGAGUGGCCAGGUUACUCAGGGUCCUACAGUUUGCCCAGGGUAUUCGUCAGCUUUUGGUCGCGCUAAUAAUUUCGUUACCAGCUCUUUUCAACGUUGGCACGUUACUAUUUUUGGUUAUCUUCAUAUACGCUAUUAUUGGAAUGUCCACGUUUGGUCAUGUUAAAAAACAAAACAACAUAGACGAGACGGUUAACUUUGAGACGUUUGGUCGAUCUAUGAUGCUAUUGUUUCGCUUGUCGACUGGCGCUGGCUGGAAUGAUAUUCUUGAAGCUCUUAUGCUUCGAGAACCCGAUUGUGAUCCGAAUUAUGGGGGAUUCCCCAACGGAAACUGCGGAUAUCCCGUGGGAGCCGUCAUCUAUCUUGUUUCAUACAUAUUCAUUGUUUUCCUUAUUAUAGUGAAUAUGUACAUUGCUAUAAUCCUGGAAAAUGUUUAUCGAUCGCAAGAGGGGAAACUGUUCAUUACAAAAGAGAACAUCGAUAGUUACUAUCAGAAAUGGUCCUCCUUUGUCACCGACGGUAAGCAAUACCUUCCAGUUUGUCAGCUCUCUGAUUUUGUGGCUUCGCUGGACGAACCAUUAAAGAUUGCCAAGCCAAACGAACAAGAACUGGUGCGAAUGGGAAUCAGCGUGAGAAUGGGGUAUCGUGUGGAGUGCUUUGAUCUCCUUCGAUGUCUGGUGAAGUAUUCUUUGGAAAGGAACGGUGAGUCUCCACGCGCCUUUGAGGAAAUCGCUUCCAAAUUGGAAAGCCGUUUUCGAAGACGUGUUGUCAGGAAAAAGGGCAAUUCUCCGAUGGGUACAUCUCCCUCCGUAUCCAACGAAAGCCAAAAUGAAAUGGUUGACAUUGCUUCGGAAAUACAACCAAGACCUAUUUCCUCACCAAGCAUUACCAAGUCUCCUGAUAGGAAAUAUCCAGCUCUAUUUUCUAAGGCUGUUAUCCUUCGAAGAGCCCUGAAAGGCUUUAUGGACAAACGUAGUACUCGUGGGGACGUGUCGUUUAAAGCCCCUAAUAACAUUUCCAGCGAUCGCGUUCGUAAAUGUUCAUGCAGCCCACUGUCCUCUGUCUCCAGCAACCAAGAAAUCUCUGAUCUUACACUGGGACUGGACUAUACCCCUAGAAGUAGAUCUCAGGUUUCUGUGGAUAGUGGACGCAGCAGUACAACUGUCUCUCCAGACUGUGUUGCAUCUCCAGAAGGCUGCGCGUAUGACCCAUACGACUCUGAAGGGGACAGCGUGUAA